AUGGGAGAAAUAGAAAGAGAGAGUGUGUUGCCAAGGGAGAAGGAAGAAGAGGAAGCGUCGGUGGAUAUGUGGAAGUACAUAUUUGGAUUUGUGGAACUGGGAGUGGUGAAAUGUGCGAUAGAGCUAGGGAUUGCUGAAGCCAUAGAAAAGCAUGGAGGUCCGAUGAGCGUGUCGGAGAUAUCAUCAACCCUAGGGUGUGACCCUUGGCUUCUUAGGCGCAUAAUGAGGUUCCUGGCACACAGAAAGAUAUUCAAAGCCAUACCCAUGGGCAGCAGCAACGGGUAUUCUCAAACACCUCUGUCUCGGCGUUUGAUGAGAGAGGGUGAACAUAGCAUGGCUGCUUUUAUUUUGCUGGAGAGUAGUCCUGUAAUGCUCGCACCUUGGCACAGUCUAAGCGCUCGCGUCUUGGCCAAUGGCCAUCCCUCAUUUCAAAAGGCUCAUGGUGAGGACGUGUGGCGCUAUGCUGCGACAAAUCUUGACCACAGCAACCUCAUCAAUGAAGCAAUGGCAUGCGAUGCUAAGCUUGUUAUGCCUGUCAUCAUUGAAACUUGCAGCGAGGCAUUUGAUGGUCUCAAGUCCUUGGUGGAUGUGGGUGGGGGCAAUGGCACCUCCAUGCGCAUCGUCCUUCAGGCUUGCCCUUCCAUUCGACCCAUCAAUUUCGAUCUUCCUCAUGUCAUUUCCCAGGCCCCUCACUCGGAUGGCCUCCAACACGUCCCGGGCGACAUGUUUCAAAGUGUUCCUAAAGCUGAUGCUGCUUUUCUCAAGUGGGUUUUGCACGAUUGGUCAGACGAAGAGUGCAUCCAAAUCUUAAAGAAUUGUAGGGCAGUGAUCUCAAAGGAAAAUGGAAGGGUUAUUAUCGUGGAGGCGGUGAUUGAAGAAGAAGAAGUACAAGAAGGGAAGCCGAAGGUACUGAACGACGUAGGAUUGAUGCUGGACAUGGUAAUGAUGGCGCACACUAACUUUGGGAAAGAGAGGACCCGAAAGGAGUGGGAAUAUGUGAUAAAAAUGGCAGGAUUUAGCUCAUACACUGUCAAAUCCAUUCAUGCUGUACAGUCUGUCAUUUUGGCUUUCUACUAA